UGUCUGUCAAAUUUGUACAUAAAUUAGAAAAUCACAACACACAAGUUGCGGUUGCUUCAAGUAUCACAAUUUAGAUACAUAAAUACAAAAACUAGCUGACAAUGAGUGUUUCGCGGAUCAUCGAAGAAGAUCCCAAAGCCAGUCAAAGCCUUCAGAAGGUGUGCCGAUUGUGCCUGAGUGAAGAAUCACUGGAAGACAUUUUCCACCAGAAUGGACUAUCCGGAUGGAUUUCGGAACUUCUCUCAAUUGUGGUUUCCCAAAGUGACAGAAUCAGCCAUUGGAUUUGCGUUCUCUGUCGGAUACGUAUGCAAGAAUUUCGAGACUAUCAGACACGAUGCUGGGAGGUCCAGGAAGUUCUGAUGAACGAGAUUGCUACGAAUGAUGAUGAAAUUGGUACUUUUCCACUCAAUAUUCAGAAAGACGAAAUUUCAGUAGAUGACUUGUUUGAAGUCGGAAGCUUCUCAGAUGAAGACAUUGAUGAAGUAGAGAAUAAUCUAUACAACAUAAGUCCACAAAAAGAACAAAUCGUUUGCCUGAAUACUCCGGAUAAUCCAGAAAUAGUGAGGACAACGAACACUGAAGGAAGCGAUAAAAAGGGUUAUAAAGGGCGACAUAUAACGUGCAAUAUUUGCGGAAAAGAAGUGCAAAGGCUUCGCUUCGACAACCACAUGAAUGGCCAUCUUGGUCUAAGGCCCUACAAAUGUGAACGGGGCUGCAAGGCAGAGUAUUUCGCUUGCAAGUACAAGCGCCAGGGACACUACCGGAAAGUUCACGAUGGUGUAAAACACCUAUGUGGCUUUUGUGAUCGGUCCUUCGGAACGAGGCAAGGUCUGUUCAGUCACAAGCGGCGGCAUCACACGACGAGCACACACAAAUGUAAUAUUUGUCACCAGAUGUUCUCAUCGGAGAACCUUCUGAAGCGACACAGCAAGACACAUCAGGCGUCCUCCGCUGCUUCCCCGUUAUCCUCGGAUUCAACGCUGACGUACGAGAAUGAGAACUUAGGGAAAACUAACAGUGAUAGAUAACAGGAAAAAGAGCGAAAUAUUUUUUGGGUACAGUAAAUUUAAGAUUGUAAACCAAAUGCGCCAUUCGCAUCAUUUAAAACAAUUAUUCUUUAUGUCGAAAGAACUUAAUCAUAAUUGUUUUUAAAUAGUGCGAUGAUUUUGCUUAUUAAUGUUAGAUCCAUGUUCCGACUUUGUUUCUGCUUUUUACGGUACUAUAAACGAAAAAAAAUGGUGCAAAAUAUUAGUAAUAUGGAAACCUUGGAUGAAACGAUAUUAUAAGUAACAUUUUCAAAUUUUUAAUAAAAUACUGCUUCAACAGCAAUUUCAAUAAAGUU